AUGGCUGCCAUGAAGACCUUCGUUGCGCUGUUCGUCGUUGCUUCGCUCUUUGCCGUCGCCUCUGGGGUGCGUUUCUUGAGCCUUGACGCGAGCCUGCUGCUCGGCGCCGACCCCUUCGCCCUCGAGCGGGUCGACAACAUCAACUACGCCCUCGCCCUCGCCUCCUUGACUGGCCUGGCGCAGCACGCCGAUGCUGUGUGCCUGCAGGGCUACUGGCUGCCCUACCAGGUGCAAAAGCUGCAGGCCAUCCUGACGCCCUACCUGCCCCACUCCUACAGCGCCACACCGGCCGCGGGCAACUGCUCCUGCCAGCCAGCCGAGCUCACCGGGCUGUUCACCUGCCUCAGCGGCUGCAUCACCGGCGGACUCAACGCCCUCGUCACCAACACCACCACCUUUCCGGACCUGCUGACCACAUGCAUGGGCAACGUCGGCAAGGACGUCUCCACGUGCAGCCCCUACGGCGGGUAUUCCGGGAAUGUGCUGUUCUCCCGGUCUCCGCUGACCCAGCCCACCACCCGUUCGCUGGCGCUCGCCCCUGGCCUCUUCAACUCCGAUGCCAUCUUCGCCACCUCCUCCUUCUCCGGAGUCGGCAAUGUUCAGCUGGUAUGCACCCAGCUCCAGCCCGCCGGACCCGUCAACGCCUCCGUGGCCGCAGCUCUGAGUGGGGUCAAUUAUCUCCAGACGCAAACACUUCAGGGGUUGAUCGAGACUGCGGUGAAUCAAACACGCGUCAGCCAGGUGGUGGUGAUGGGCAACUUCAAGCAGGGACCCACCAUCGUCAACGCCACCAGUGGCGCCACCCUGGUCGAGCCCAUUAACGAGGCCUACUACGGCCUGUGGCUCCAGGCCCUCUACCAGGACCCCGCCGCCGCAGACCAGCGCUGCACCUACUGCAACUCACUCAGCAUCGUCUCCCCCUACCUCGUGAACACGAUGUCGUCCCACAUCUUCGUGCGAGGAUUUGAUAACAACGCCAACGUGCUCUCGGUCACGGGCAAGAUCACGUUCGACAACACCACCACCAUCCUCGACCUUACCUCCGGCUCGACUCCCCAGGCGAGGACGGUGCCCUACAGCCCCAACUACGGUGUGCAGGUGGACAUCAGCACGGUUCCCUCGUCGGCCUCGGCCCUCCUGCCCGCCACCGCCGCCCUCCUCCGCUACGUCGCCGCUCUGGCCUUCUAA